AUGAAUUUAGAUGUUGAUUUAGCAUGUGCAACAACAGACGUGGUAAAAAUUCAAAAAGCAUUUAAACGAGCAUACCUACGACUUGUUAAUAGAGUGGGACUACUUGAAAGGAAACUUAGACCAGUUGAGGAUUUACAAAUAUCUAGAAGAAAAUUAGCACGAGAGUACCACGAUGAUGACUUAAAACAAUUGGUUCAAAGAACAGGAAAUGAUCUUGGAACAUUAUUAGAGCUUGAUAAUUUUUGUAACGUGAUCAAGAAAUAUGAAAAAGAAAUUAAAUAUAUGUCCGAUCAGUAUAAACUUACGAGGUAA